UCCCGGGAACCGAGCAAUUUUCUCCAUAUUAAACAAAUUUUGAUGUCUGAAAUUAUAUCUAAUUUCCACAAAAUAAUACUAAGAAAUUUCUGGAAAAUUUUCUUCAGAAUCCCCCAACUGAUUAAUCUCUUUGAUCUUCCUAAUUCCCAUUAAUUCCUCGUUCAAUAUUGUUAUUGCCAACUCAAUAACAAGCACGACGUCAGCCUGAUGAGCGACUUUGGCCUUCAAGGUAAUAUGCGCGUUAUUACUCCCAAUUCAUGUUAGAGAUUAUUUAUUUACAUUAAUAAAAGGGUAAUUGAAUGUAGAGUGGCUAAUUAGACAUUAUGCAUUCAUGUAGCCCAUGAAUGCUAUGCUAUGUAUUUUUGGGUGAUCAUGUAAUUGUUCCUUCACCCAUGCAUACCGUUUAUGCUAAAUAGUUGAGGAAUUGAGAAGGUGGCAAAAAAAGGAAGAUUCUGAGAAUGCCUAAUCGUGUUACGGCAAGGGCACAAUCAUUUUCUUCCCAAUCAUCUUUGGCUCAAAAACUAAUAGAUGAUCCUAAAAGCGUCCAGGGUAGCGUUACGUGCGUUUAUCAGUCUCAUAUCGGAGGAUAUUGGCGUAAUGUGACAGUUAUAUGGAGAAAGCAUUUGAUGAAUCAUUGUCUCACCAUAUCCGUCGAUAGCGUAGAAAACAAUGAUCACCAAACUUGCAAAAUUGAUCUUAAACCUUGGCAUUUUUGGGCCAAAAAAGGUUACAAAACAUUUGAGGUUGAUGGGAACCAAUUGGAAGCAUAUUGGGACCUAAGAUCAGCAAAAUUUUCAGGGAGUCCAGAACCAUAUAAAGAUUUCUACGUUGCCUUAGUUUCAGAUGAAGAAGUUGUCAUGUUAUUAGGUGAUUACAAGAAAAAAGCCUACAAAAGAACAAAAUCAAGACCAGCUUUAGUAGAUGCCUUAUUGUUUUACAAAAAAGAACAUGUAUUUGGCAAGAAAAGUUUCUCAACAAGGGCUAUAUUUGAUAAAAACAAAAAAGAAAGUGACAUUGUGGUAGAAAGCUCAACUUCAGGGCCAAGAGAUCCUGAAAUGUGGAUAAGUAUAGAUGGGAUUGUUUUGAUUCACAUAAAGAAUUUGCAAUGGAAAUUCAGGGGAAAUCAAACAGUACAAGUGAACGAGCAGCAUGUACAAGUAUUUUGGGAUGUGCAUUCUUGGUUGUUUAGUUCACCUGGUUCUAGCCAUGGAUUGUUCAUUUUCAAGCCAGGGGAACUUGAGUUGGACAGUGACAAAGAUGGAAGUAGCGUUGGAGGAGUAAGCGAUUGCAGCGACCACACCAAGUAUUAUUCGACGUUGAGCCAUUCUAAAGCCUCACCCUUUUGCCUUUUCUUGUGUGCCUGGAAGAUUGAGUGAUGGAAAAGAACGUAUGUGAGCAGGGGCGUAUUGCUGACAGGUUCGGACGAACCAGUAACUUUUACUUACACCAUAGUUUUGUAUUAGAAAAUUUUAUGUGAGUGUAAAUCGUGGCUCCUCUUCUGUACGAGAUAUUAGAGAUGAGUCGGUUUCAAAUUGGCUCAAACUUUCAGAAAGAAAAAUUUCUAAGGAUUUCUUUCCUUUUUCGAGAAGAAAAAUUAUAUCCCUCCAAGUCUUUGUGACU